CAGGUUUCAUUUGCUUUGAUGCAUCACUAUGGUCACGUCAGUGUUCACGCAGUAUGUCGACUGUAAUGACAGAAGCAUUAUUAGUUAAGCAGUUAUUGAGUUACUUUGUACUUUAUUUGUGAUAUAUUUUGUACACUACUAUGCGUGUUUUAUUCUACACAGUAUUUCUGUUAGUCGUGUGUAACGCUAUAUGUAGCAAAGUUUACGACAAAUUACAAUGUAAAGACGAAAAUAAUCUACCAGUAGACUGGUACGUGAUGUAUAAGUUACCGAAAGUAUCGGAGAGCAGUAAUCCUUUAAUUAGGGAUGGCUUUGCUUAUCUAUACAUUACAAACGUAACUAUCGCAACCGGUUGGCGAUUGUCCACUAGGCCCAUCGGUUCAAACAAUUCUAUCCCUGGAAUCACAUUAGCGCCAAUUUAUAACGACGCGAAUGAAAACAGCAGUUUAUGGACUCUAUAUAACGACAGUCCACCGGAUGCACCAUACGUUUCGAAUUAUGGUCACACGAAGGGUGUAGUAGCUGUUAAUAGCCAUCAGGGUUUUUGGUUAAUUCAUAGCGUUCCCAGUUUUCCUCCAGUUCCCAAUACCGGUAUACAAACUCGACCACAAAACAAGGAAAAUAUAACUAAUACAGGUACAUACAGUUAUCCAGAAAGCGGAACAUUUUAUGGUCAGAGCUUUCUCUGUAUCUCCUUGGACGGUGAUCAGAUGGACAUCGUCGGGAAACAAUUAAGGUACAACGAGAUAGCAGUGUACGCGAAAAAUAUCCCUGACAAGCUUGGAGAACAGUAUCCUGUUCUAAAAAAUGCGAGUGAUCAGAAACACGUAAAGUCACCUCCUUACACCAGCAAAGUUAUCGUGAAAUCUGUGGGCAAUACAGAGUUUACUUCAUUUGCCAAAUGCGAGAAAUGGCUGAAAGAUAUAUACGAGGAUUUUAUAGCACCAAAGUUACAGGCGAAUUUAUACGUUCAGUCGUGGUUGAACGGACGAGGGAAGCUGCCGUCUAAUUGCACUCGUAGAAACAGGGUUUACAAUGUGAACAGUUUGGAAUUGGAGGCAGCUAAUGUAGAUUUUACGAGCAGUCGGGACCAUUCUAAAUGGGCCAUUACGGUUAAAAAUAAAACAAACCACCACUGGGUUUGCAUCGGCGACAUUAACAGAGCUGAUACACAAUUCACACGAGGUGGUGGAGCCGUGUGCUUCAAAGAAGCCCGAUUGUGGAAUAAUUAUCGUGAUGCUAUCAAUGACUUCGAGCCAUGCCCUCGCACGUAAUGUGAUAUUUCUAUGCAGAAACUCAUACUGAGUUUUAAAAGCUUGUAUAAUGAAUAAUAAUUGCUAGCUACAGUAUGUUGUGCAUACUUUGCAUAGAAGACAAAUUGCAUUAUUAAAGUUCAAGCUACAGUUCACUGUAGUACAACUUUUUGAUACAAUAAAAAUUUAGUUUAAAUAUUUA